CACAACAUAAAUAAAACGACUGAUGCUGUUUGUUUACGUCGUUUACGUUCGCUCGAUCGCCGUUUUCAGCGGCAAAAUUCAAAUUUUUCCCAAGAGAUAUAUAAAACUCGACAAAACACUUCCAAUGCCAUGGAAUUCUCCGUUACCCCGGACCACUGUCGCGUGUGCCUAAAGCGGACGCCCACCGGAAAAUACCUGCACGAUAAAUUCGCCCUGGAGCUGCCUUCAACGGCGGGAACCGCCGAAUCCCGGAGCUAUCUGGACGUGUACCAGCUGGUAGUCGAGGUGUCCACUGUGUCACCAACGCCAUCGGCUACCUUCUUUCCGCAGCGAAUAUGUGACAACUGCGUGGCCCAGCUGCUCGUGGCUUACGAAUUCCGCCGGAAGAGUGUCCGUUCCGAGCGGGUUCUGCAGAAUAUUGUGAACUUUUACGAGGACGAUCGAGUUUCUGGAGCUGGAGAGAUUUUGGAGAGUAAGGUUGAACCAGUUGUGGAGGAACCUAGCGUGGAUUGCUCUGAGAGUGUGGCGGUGUUAGAAGAUGUCAAGGAAUCUGUGGUUGAGGCGUUAGAUGGUACCACCGAAAAGGAAGUCGGUGCUGAGUUGAAUUUCCAACAGUUUGAGCAUGACUACGAAAUUGUUACGGAUGGCGGUUUGGACCAGGAGGAAGAGAUAGGGUACAUUAUAGAGGAAGAGUUUAUGGACGACGGCGAAGAGUCGGAAUCAAACGAGGAAGAUGAGUUCUACGAAGUUCAGCUGGCCGAGUCCAAGACCAAAACCAGUCCCUGUCCAGACUGUGGCAAACUUGUUUCGGCUCGUUACCUGGAAAAGCACCGGGAAGUUCACAAGGACAAAUGCGACCGGGUUAAGCCAUUCGAUUGCGAUCAGUGCCAGGCCCGAUUUACACUUAAGGAAAACCUUCUCAAACACAAGCGAAUCCAUUCCAACGAAAAGAAAUAUUCUUGCCCGUACUGCCAGGAGCAAUUCCUGCACUGGGCGUCCCGCCGCUACCACAUCGACAGUCGUCACACCGGUGAAAAGCGCUUCGCCUGUGAAUACUGCGGAGCCAAGUUCCGCAACUCGUCCCACUACACGGUUCACCUGCGACGGCACAAAGGCCUGACCCCGUUUCCGUGCCACCUGUGCGACCGCAGCUUCAUCACCGGAAACAGCCUGAAGCUGCACCUGGCCUCGCACAGUGAUGUGAAGAACUUUUCCUGUGAAAAUUGUCAAAAGACGUACAAAACGGCCAAAUCGCUGCGCAUCCACAAGCAGACGACUCACGAGCGCGAAAAGAACUACAUUUGUCCGGUGUGCAGCCGGGCGUACUCGCAGAACCACGUGCUGAAGACGCACCUGCUGCGGCACCAUCCGCACUACGAACCGCCACCGCCGGGAACGGUGAUCAAUGCCCGCGCCGUGAGGAAGAUGAACGAGCAGCUGGCGGCGAUAGGUGAGGAAGGGAUGAAUUCAUGAUUUAAUUAGAUUUAAGUUAUGUGUUGAAUCAAAUAAUAAUAAUUACAAACAAA